UAAAUCACGUAAUUUAUGACCAGACAGAGUACCAGUGCCCUUUUUUGGUCAGAGCCAUAUACACACCUCGGUACGCAAGCUUCCCCCCUAACGCCGGGAAAAGAGCCAAUUUCCUUCCGCUCGGGGCCGUUCCGGCUGGGGGUGACUCCGCGCAGGCCCCGCCCCGCCGCUAGCGUCGUCCCCCGGGCUGAGGAGCUGCGGACCCCGAUCCGUGUCGGGGCUGGGGCCAGGGCCAGGGCCGUGUGGGGGCCUUGUCGGAGCCAUGUCGCGACACAGGCGGGUCCCGCGGCGGCAGCCCGGCGGGGCCGCGGGCGGCUCAAUUGCCGCCGCCGCGGUGCGCGCCCGGGCCGAGGCCCUCUGGGAGGUCGGCGUGGACGAGGAGGUGGAAAUGGCGGUGCAGCUCGCCCUGGAGCGGUUCCGAAGCGGGGACGAGGCGGAAAAGGAGCCAAUCGAUACCUGACUGUGAGGAAGAGGGAUGUAUCAGAGGGACGUGCAGUCAUGACUUGUGACUUGGCUCUCCGUACGAAGCAUGCUGUUCGCAGUCUAAUUCAGAGCUUUCCUGUCACAAAUAAGGAACGCACAGAACUCCUGCCGAGGACAGAGAGAGGACAUGCCUGUGCUGUUGAAUCUGAAAACAAAGAAGUAAACAAGACAAGUGGUCGACUUAAUGAUGGUAUCCCCCAGGUCCCAGUGAAAAGAGGGGAAUCAGAGUUUGAUUCCUUCAGGCAGUCACUACCAGUUCUUGAAAAACAGGAAGAAAUUGUGCAAAUAAUAAAAGACAAUAAAAUUGUUUUGAUUAUAGGGGAGACUGGAUCAGGAAAAACUACGCAAAUCCCUCAAUUUAUCCUUGAUGACUGCUACAAGAAUGGAACUCCCUGUCGUGUGUUUUGUACUCAGCCGAGACGUUUAGCGGCUGUUGCUGUGGCUGAAAGAGUGGCAGCAGAAAGAAGAGAGAAGAUUGGCCAGACAAUUGGUUACCAGAUCCGGUUAGAAAGCAGGGUUUCUCCGAAAACACUGGUGACAUUCUGCACUAAUGACAUGCUCCUUCGCACGCUGAUGGCAGGAGACAGCACCCUCUCCACCGUGACCCAUGUUAUUGUGGAUGAAGUGCAUGAGAGGGAUAGGUUCAGUGACUUCUUGCUAAUAAAACUGAGAGAUGUGCUGCAAAACCAAAAUAAUUUAAAACUAAUUAUUUCUAGUGCUGCUCUAGAUGCAAAUCUCUUUAUUAGGUAUUUUGGAAGUUGCCCAGUAAUACAUAUCCAAGGGAGGCCUUUUGAAGUUAAAGAGAUGUUUCUGGAGGAUAUUUUACGAAGCACUGGGUAUACAAACAAAGAGAUGGUGAAGUACAAAAAAGAGAAGCAGCAAGAAGAGAAACAGAAGAACACUCUUGCUGAGUGGUGUUCAGCUCAAGAAAACACUAACAAACUAACAUCUCGGAGACAAAAAUCACUUCCAAGAACAAAUGAGGAGUACAAAUGGUUGGAUGAGGGUGGUGACACAGUAUUUAAUCAACUGACUGAAAAAGAUGUGAAUUGCCUUGAACCAUGGAUAGUAAAGGAAAUGGAUUCCUGUCUUUCUGACAUCUGGUUGCAUAAAGAUAUUGAUGUGUUUACUCAGGUGUUAAAUCUCAUUUUAACUGAAAAUGUCAGUGUUGAUUAUAGGCACAGUGAAACUGGUGCAACUGCACUGAUGAUUGCUUCAGGGAGAGGCUUUUUGAGUCAAGUAGAACAGUUGAUCAGUAUGGGAGCAAGUAUCCACUGCAAAUCAUCUAAUGGCUGGAUGGCUGUGGACUGGGCUAGGCGCUUUGGACACACAGAGGUUGUCGAUCUGUUGGAAUCAUACAGUGCUUCAUUUGGCUUUGGAAAUCUGGAUGAAAGUUCCCUAGUCCAAAGAAGUGGUAGUGACCUUAGUACAGAGGACAGAGAACUACUGACAGCUUAUCAUAACAGUUUUGAUGAUGAAAAAGUGGAUCUGGAUCUGAUAAUGCACUUACUUCACAGCAUCUGUCAUAGUUGUGAUGCAGGAGCAAUUUUAAUAUUUCUUCCUGGGUAUGAUGAGAUAGUGAGCCUGAGGGACCGCAUUCUUUUUGAUGACAAGAGAUUUACUGAUAAUGCACACAGAUACCAAGUUUUCAUGCUUCAUUCAAGUGUUCAGACUUUGGAUCAGAAGAAAGUGCUUGAAACUCCACCUUCUGGCAUUCGCAAAAUUAUUCUUUCUACUAAUAUUGCAGAAACCAGCAUAACAGUCAAUGAUGUUGUGUUUGUCAUUGAUUCAGGCAAGGUAAAAGAGAAGUCUUUUGAUGCAUUGAGUCGUGUUACAAUGCUAAAAAUGGGGUGGAUUUCAAAAGCCAGUGCUAUCCAGAGAAAAGGCAGGGCUGGGCGCUGUCAGCCUGGAGUCUGUUUUCGUCUCUUCAGCAGGCUCCGAUUUCAGAAUAUGUUGGAAUUUCAGUCUCCAGAACUUCUAAGAAUGCCACUUCAGGAGAUUUGUUUGUACACAAAACUUCUGGCUCCAAUUAACUGUCCAAUUGUAGACUUUCUUAUGAAAGCUCCUGAUCCUCCGCCUGCUGUAACUGUGAGAAAUGGUGUGCAUAUGCUUAAGACCAUAGAUGCCAUGGACCCUUGGGAAGAUCUCACUGAGCUUGGUUAUCACCUCACUGAAUUACCAGUAGAGCCACACCUUGGUAAAAUGGUGUUGUAUGCUGUAGUUCUGAAGUGCCUGGAUCCUGUUCUGACCAUUGCCUGUGCUCUUGCCUGCCAAGACCCUUUUGUGCUGCCCACGCUGGCCUCCCAAAAGCGUGCAGCCAUGCUGUGCAGGAAGCGUUUUGCUGCUGGGACGUUCAGUGACCACAUGGCCCUGCUCAGGGCUUUCCAGGCAUGGCAGAAGGCACGCAGUGAUGGCUGGGAGAGAGCCUUUUGUGAAAAGAACUUCCUAUCCCAAGCUACAAUGGAAAUCAUUGUAGGAAUGAGAACACAGUUGCUUGGCCAGCUUAGAGCCUCAGGUUUUGUGAGAGCCAGAGGAGGAGCUGAUAUUAGAGAUGUAAAUACUAACUCUGAGAACUGGGCUGUAAUUAAAGCUGCCUUAGUGGCUGGGAUGUAUCCCAAUCUUGUGCAUGUAGACAGAGAAAGCCUGGUGUUGACUGAACCAAAGGAGAAGAAAGUGCGAUUUCAUCCUACCUCUGUUCUUGGUCAGUCUCAGUAUAAAAAGAUUGCCCCAGCAAAUGGACAAGCUGCAGCCAUCCAGGCCCUCCCUACAGACUGGCUUAUAUAUGAUGAAAUGACGAGAGCUCACAAGACAGCAAACAUCAGGUGCUGCUCUGUUGUUACACCUGUCACCGUGUCCCUCUUCUGUGGACCAGCCAGACUGCCAAGUAAUGCCUUGCAGGCAUCUUCAUCCUUUCGAGGGGGAGGGGUAUCUAAUGAUAGCAGUGACAGUGAGAUGGAGGACAAAACAACUGCUAAUCUGGCACUGCUGAAGCUGGAUGAAUGGCUCCAUCUCAAACUGGACCCUGAAGCUGCUGGUAUGCUGUUGCAACUCAGGCAGAAAUGGCACAGUUUGUUCCUGCGUCGUAUGCGAGCUCCUUCCAAACCAUGGUCUCAGGUUGAUGAAACAACUGUAAGAGCAAUUACAGCUGUUCUGAGUGCUGAAGAACAGUCUGCAGGUCUGCAGCAACCUUCAGGAAUCGGCCAGAGACCAAGACCUGUAACUUGUGAAGAACUUCCUUUGGCAUCUACAUGGAAGUCAACCAACAGCAGAAAAAGCUCAACAGAAACUGAAUUGUCUGACUCCUCUAAUGCUGAAAAGGUUUCAGUGAAAUCUACAUCUCCUGCACUCCACCAGCCAAAGAAGUACAAAGAAAAAGACAUUUUGCUCUCCAAACGAGCCUCAGAUGACAGAUCAGCUCAGUCCUCAAUGAAGCCUGCAGACAGCAGUAGCUAUUCCAGCCCCUGUGCUAGUCCUUCUUCUCCAGUGUCUGGAAAGGGUUGCAAAUCUCCUUCACCAAGACAAAAUAUGCCGGUUCGGUACUUUAUAAUGAAAAGUAGCAACUUGCAAAACAUUGAUAUUUCGCAACAGAAGGGAAUAUGGUCCACUACACCAAAUAAUGAACGGAAACUGAAUGGAGCCUUUUGGGAGAGCAGUGUGGUUUAUUUAAUAUUUUCUGUUCAAGGGUCUGGAUGCUUUCAGGGUUUUGCUAGAAUGGGUUCAGCAAUUGGAUGUGAGAAAAGUCAAGACUGGGGAUCUGCUGGUUUUGGAGGUGUAUUUAAGGUGGACUGGAUUCGAAAAGAAAGCAUCCCUUUUCAGUUUGCACACCAUUUGCUCAACCCAUGGAAUGACAGUAAGAAAGUGCAGAUAAGUAGAGAUGGACAGGAGCUGGAACCACAAGUUGGAGAGCAGUUGCUGCAGCUUUGGGACCGUAUUCCUUUGGCAGGAAAAAAACUGACUGAGCAUGCCAAGUAAUGUGACAGAGCUGGUUUAGGGUGUUGAAACAUGAGCCAUGAGAACCAGCAGCAUAUUUACAAUAAAGAUGAGGAAGAAGGUGACGCAGCAGCCUCUUGACAUUCUUCCGCAUGCUGGGCAGCUAGAAGUGGAAAGAAUAAGAGGGAAUUGUGUUGUUUUCAGUGUUUACUUGCCAGCCUAUUUUUUGACGGAGUUGGUUUUUUUACAGUAGUGUGCAGUUGAUACUUUAAAAUACAGUUAAGUUGAAAACAAAGUUUGACACAAUGGACCUCCUGUAAGUUGUCUGUGGGUUUAAAAUAGCAGAACAGGCAGUUUAAGUAUGCAGUUUACAGUUAAAGUUUUCUCAACCCAGUAAAAGGUAUGAGAAUGUAAAUGUUAAUCAGUCUUGCAGUUCAGUUAAAAAAAAAUACUAACUCCAAAUAUGCUGAAAGGCUCCAUAAGUGUACUUCCACAUUCACAGUGUGAGAGAGCAGUAUAUAUUUAUACAAAUAACUAAGCAGCUGGAAAUAUUAAUUUUAAUUUAUUUAAAGGUAAUUAUUUUUAAUUAAUUUAAAUUUAUUUUAUUUUUGUUUUGUUUGUAUUUAUUUAUUAUUUAAUUUAAUUAUUUUAAAUUAAUUUAAUUUAAAUAGAAAAGAAGGAGCAUGAGACUUUUGAGACUGGGUGCAUCCACAGAUGUUUCCAGUUUCAGUUAUUUUUAAACUUUAAGAUGUGACUCACACCUUGAGAAGCUGAAACAGUCUUUCAGAGGCCUGUGGCCAAGUGGUACUUCAACAGUUGACUAAUUUAGGCAGCAUUAGAAGAUUUGUAUUUCUUUAAAAAACAAUAAAAAUCAUUACCAGUACAA